UUAUCUAUAAUCAUCAUACAUUAAUGCAUAUUUGGCCAAAUCAUCAAAAUAUCAUUGUAUUUUUUAAAAACUUGUAUUCAAACUUUAGUACCAGUUGGACGACUGUUGACUAUAGACUAUAGAGUAGAGAAAAUAAUUAAAAUGGCCCAAGUAGCAUUUGAUUCAUUAUUAGAACAACCAAUUUUCCAAAUCUAUUUUUUCUAUGUGGCAGUUUUAUCUUUAAAAAUGUUGAUAAUGUCUGUUUUAACUGCUUUCCAAAGGAUUAUAAAUAAGGCAUUUUGUAGCCCUGAAGAUGCUGUACAUUUGAAAGUAAAAGUAAAAAGCCAUGAGGAUGUUGAAAGAGUCAGAAGGGCGCAUCUUAAUGAUCUAGAAAACAUUCCAGUGUUCUUCGCCCUUUGCUUUGCGUACCUCACCACCAACCCCAGCGUUUUCUUAGCCUCGAGUUUGAUAAGAGUGUUUACAGCAUGCAGAUUUAUUCACACCAUUGUUUAUGCAGUGGUUGUGAUUCCUCAGCCUGCUAGAGCGUUGUCUUGGGGUAUUGCGUUCUCCAUCACGGUUUAUAUGGGAGUUUCUACCAUUCUACAUUAUCUCUAGACGAUAAGGUAUUUAGGAUUUGUUGGGAGCAUUAAAAUAAUGGAUUAUGUUUUAUAGUUUCUGUUUGUAAAAAUCACUAUAAUUGUUAUACUAUUUUUAUACUUUUCUUUUUUUAAAUUAUGUAUUUGUGUGCUGUGGUUGUUUACAUAAAAUGAGAAACUCUUA